UUGACAAGUCAUCAAGCCACAGAGACUGACUUUUGACAUUCGUAGGAUUUUUGGCGAGUCUGGACAAGAUGAUGAGCAGAAUCUCGCGGAUCUUCAGUGCCAUGGGGACCCAAAAUGUGAAGUCAUCCAUACGCUUUCACGACCUGAAGCCCGCCCUGCUCGACGAGCUCUUCGCCUGCCUGAGCUCUUCCCGAAUCCCACACCCCCCUUUCAACAAGAACUCCGUCGCAAUCUUCUCUGAAGGUAUCGACGCACUGGGAAUACUUUCAAAUAUAUUUGGCAACACCCUGGAUGCCCCGCCCAGCUUCCAUGACAUGCUCCUGUGGCGGCUGCCCGAUGUGUGGCCUUGGAUCGCGGCACUGAACCCUCUCACGGGAAACUUGGCGGAGGGUGAUGCGUCUUCAGGGGAGAUCCCUCGAUGUAGCUUAUACGCAGAUGGGCGCAUUGAGAUGUCGCUGAUGCACCGAAUGAUGGUCAUCAUCAUGUUUCUUGGACCCUUCAUCGCCAACCCGCGGGGUGGACUGGUGCUAGCCGUCAUACCCGACGCCGCGGAAGAUCUCCUAGGCCUCAUCGCUCACGAAGCUCCACCCUGUGAUCUAAUGCCCUCCAUGCAUCACCGUCUCCUCUUCGUCUUCUCCGAAUUACUCCAGCAUAAGGACCCGACAGUCGCUCGACACUUCCGGACGGCGAUGGAGACGUUUGACGACCGAUACCCCGGAAAGCUUCUCCUCACCACUGCGGGACGUCUGACGUGGUUCUAUCGCGCCGAGUUCGAGGAUAGAGAGAAUUUCGGCCUCGUCGAGGGAUACGCGAGGCUCUUCAACUCAGAGUUUCUCAGCAGGCCGCGCACUAUCGAGAACCUCAGACAGUCCACCGAGAAUCCCAUUAUGUCCAUCUCAGGACAUAUCUUCCAGGCUCCGUUGAUGGGCAGGGGCCAAUUGGAAUGGUGGCAGGUUUGGCUCCUUACAAGCUUUAUGCUAUAUCUCUUUUAA